AUAGUUGAGACAACAGCUUUAUCAGUCAGACAUUCAAGUUGGAUGCUUAAAUAUUGAGUAGCGAUGAUUUUGAUAUGUUUUGAUUUCUUUGGGUAUUUUGGUGUUGCAAUUAAACGAAAGGAAAAUAAAAUCAAUGUUAAAAUAUUAAAAGAGAACUAACGUGUAUUGUUUUACCCAUAUGUCACUAAUACAAGUAUGUUGGUGGGUCUUGACCAGUGUUGGGUGUAACUAUUCACUAAGUAAUUAGUUUCCCUUGAAAAAGUAAAGUAAGGGAUUACUCUUAUUUUUUCUGUAAUUUAAUUACAGUUACUUCUGGUGUGUGUGUGUGUGCGUGUGUGCGUGCGUGCGUGCGUGCGUGCGUGUGUGUGUGACUAUUCACCUAAUGUUUCACUUUCUGUAUGUCAUGCAGUAAACUUGCUUCCACCACACACUGCAGAUCUUUCUCUAUCUGCUCAGCUGUUGUGCAAGGCAGCGGUCCGCCCCUCCCCCUCCUUUCACAGCUCACGGUCACAUGACUCUCACUUCCUGCAUAAACAAAGCCUGUCUGCCUGCUUCACACAGGCUCGGGCGGACUGCAGCUUUUAAAAUGGCGCAGGCUGGGGUUUUCCUGGAGCACGACCAGUUCAACUGUUCCAUCUGUCUGGACGUUCUGAAGGAUCCCGUGACCAUUCCGUGUGGACACAGUUAUUGUAAAGGCUGCAUCAAAGGCUACUGGGACCAAGAUGACUAUCUGGGUAUUUAUGGCUGUCCUCAAUGCAGGCAGACUUUCACGCCCAGACCCUUUCUGGGUAGGAACACCAUGCUGGCUGACGUUGUGGAGAAGCUGCAGAAGACGGUACUCCACGCUGCACCCUCCGAUCCGACCCAAGCUGAGCCCGGGGACGUGGAGUGUGACGUGUGCUCGGGGAAGAAAAACAAAGCCUUCAAAUCGUGUCUGGUCUGUCUGGCGUCUUAUUGUGAGAGCCACAUACAAGCUCACUUCGAGUCGCCCGCCUUCCAGAAACACAGACUGGUUUCUCCUUCCAGGAACAUACGAGAGCAGCUGUGCCGUCAGCACGAAAAACUGCUGGAGGUUUUCUGCCGCACGGAUCAGCAAUGUAUUUGUCACCUUUGUUUGACGGAUGAACACAAAGGGCAUGACACGGUUCUGGCAGCAAAAGAAAUGAAUGAGAAAAAGAACGCUCUGGCAGAGAUGCAGAGGAUUUCACAGCAAAGGAUUCAGGCGAGAGAAAAGGAGUUGGCAAAUCUGAGACAAGCCACACACAUGCUCACCCAUUCAGCACAAGCCGCUCUUGAAGAGAGCGAGUGUAUUUUCACAGAGCUGGUCUGCUCCAUCGAGCGACGGCGCACCGAGGUGAAAGAUCUGAUCCGAGGGCACGAGAGGGCGGCUGUGAGUCAGGCCGAAACGGUUCUUCGACAGCUGGAACAAGAGAUAACCGAGUUAAAGAAAAAACAUGCGGAAAUAGAAGAGCUCUCUCAAACAGAGGAUCAUAUCACCUUCCUCCAGAGUUGCAGGUCUCUGUGUGAUCAGCCUGUGCCUGUUGAAGUGCCAAACAUCGAAUUGGACCCAAACUUCAGACAUGUAGUAGAGGCGCUGUCUGAGUUCCAGGCUCUCCUAGAAGACGUGUGCCAGGGCGGAUUUGUGAACAUCUCUGAGAAAGUGAAUGAUGUUACUAUUAUUCAACCCAUGAAACCGAAGACAGACUCGGAGUCAAACGCCGCCAUAGAAACACCUCUGAACUUUGGCCAGGUGGCACCGAACCCUUUUACCUUCACUGUCCCCACCUUUGGUGUGUUUUCAUUGUCAUCUUACGGAGCGCGAACAUCAGCUUCUCGACAGAGACUACAGCCGCGCAGAAAGAGAAGCGCUCUAUUGUGUCCGUCCCGUCUCGGUGGCCACCUUUCGUUUCACUCGCUUUUAACCACAGCUGUGGGGAAAAUGGCAGGCACUAACAUCUCUGUGGACAAAGAGCAGUUCUGCUGUUCGGUGUGUCUUGACGUGUUGUGGGAGCCGGUCACUAUACCGUGCGGUCACAGCUACUGUAUGGAGUGCAUUAAAGGUUACUGGAGAAAAUGUGAUUUGAAAGAAGAGUACAGCUGUCCUCAAUGCAGACGGACCUUCAGCCCCAGACCUGCGCUCUCCAGAAACACCAUGCUGGCCGAUAUCGUAGAGAAACUGAGAAGAUCCGGAGUUCAGGAGAGUCGCAGCGAGGCGGCGGUUGACGAGUGCGACGUUUGCGCGGGAAAGAAACGCAGAGCCGUUACGUUCUGUGUGAAAUGUCAGAUGUCAUACUGUGAAAUUCACCUGAAAGCUCACAACGAAAGGAACCGGGGGAGAACCCACCAGCUCGCUGAAGUCACGAGACAACCGCAGAAAAGAAUCUGUUCACGUCACAAUAAACUAAAGGAAGUUUACUGCCGCACCGACCGACGGUGCGUUUGUAGCUCGUGCUUGAAGGAUGGGCAUAUGGGGCACGACGUCGUUUCAGUGAUGGAGGAAAGAAUGGAGAAACAGAGACGGCUGGAGGAAGCGUGGAAGAAGUCAAAGCAAAGGUGUAAAGACAGAGAAAAGGAGCUCAGGGACAUUGUGAAAUACAUCAAGCGUUCUUCACAAGCAGUUGAAGAAGACAGCGAGAAGAUCUUCGUCAGACUGCUGCGCUCCGUUGAAAAGAAACACUCGGAGGUGAAAGAGAUGAUCAGAGGGGAGGAGAGGAAGGCUUUAGGCCAGACCGAGAAGCUUCUAGAGAGAUUGAAUCAACAGAUCACUGAACAUCGGAGAGAGGAGGCCGUUCUAGAGAAGCUCUCAAACACAGAUGACCACGUCUAUUUCCUACAGCACUGUCAGAGCCUCUGUGCUCCUCCUGAUACCGGGGGUCGACCCAGCAUUGACGUCGACCCGUACUUCUCUUUGCUGAUAUUGAGAAAAGCUCUCGCAGAACUGCGAGAAAAAGUUAAUGAUGUGUGCGAUCGAGAGACAGCGAGGAUCUCAGAAGCGGUUGAUGAAGAUCGUGAACAUUCAUCUGAAAACUCGCAGAGCUCAGCGGUGAACAUUGAAUCAGCACAUAAACAUUUACUACAAACUAAACCCAAGACCAGAGGAGACUUCUUACAAUAUAGCUGUGAUUUAACGUUAGACCCCAACACUGCAAACUCCUUCCUCCGUCUUUCUUCUGAAAACAAAGUCGUCACGACAGAAUACGAGCCGCAGUCGUACCCGGAUCACCCCGAGAGGUUCGACAGCUGGGCUCAGGUCCUGUGCGCCGAGGGUCUGGCCAGACGCUCUUACUGGGAGGUGGAGUGGGGAGGCAAUGGAGGAGUUUCCAUCGGAAUCUCCUACAAAGGGAUUCACAGAACCGGAGGGAAUACGGAUCGAAAACUGGGACACAAUUCCAAAUCCUGGAGUUUAGAGUUUUCUGAUUCUGUGUGUUCGUUCCAGCACAAUAAGUCUAGGAUAGAAAUACACACCCCAGUGCCAGACAGAGUCGGGGUGUUUCUGGAUCACACGGCUGGGCAUUUGGCUUUCUAUAGCGUUUCUAUGGAAGACGACUCCAUGACGUUACUACAUCGAGAGCAGACCACCAUCACCCAGCCGCUCUACCCCGGAUUCUGGGUUGGAUUGGGUUCCACUUUAAAACUCUGCCAAACAUUCAGCUUUGCAGCAUAGUAAGACAUUACUAUUAUGUUUUUAUUUAUAAUUUUAAAUAUUAGCUUAGAAAAAAGUUUAGCUGCACUUACAUCAUGGGUUUGAAUCGACAUGAGGAUGAG